GAUGACGAUUAUUCAAUAAUGACCAUUUUCUUUUUCUUUUAAUUAUCUUCGUUGUUAAUAUUUUCACCGCACGUUUUUUGGCGGGCACAAAUUAAACCUUUCUUUCUUUCUCUCCGUUUCUUCAAUUUCCUUCCCUUCCAACAGGUAACAAGCUUUUGUCCUUUUUCAUUUAUUAUCCAUCACCUUUCCAAUACACGACUAUCCUCUCCUUGAAUCUCCUCUCCUGAUUCCUCAGACGCCCAGACGGGACGAGGACGUGCCCGCCACUGGAGGAAACCCAUCGGCACCGGUAGCGGCGACCAUGUCCUUCUCCAUCUCCGCUUUCACCUGCUCUCCUCCGCCCGGAGCCACCGUCGGCAAGUUGCUCUACUUCGUUUUCCUUUCACCGUGUCCGCAGCGCGCUCUCUUCUCCCUACUCGACCUCCUCUUCCUUCUCACCCUCCUUCUCUUCGUCAUCCAGAAGCUCCUCUCCCGCCGCCACGAAUCUAAUUCGGACGCCGCCAAGCCACUUCUCCCCACCUCCUCCGCCGUUCGCACGACAUGGCGCUUCAACCUCCCCUUGGCCAUCUCCUCCAUCCUCGCCGCAGCUUUCCUCGUCCUUCUCGUACUUGCCCUUGCCCUCGAUAAAUCUUCCCCGUUCUCCUGGCGCCUUCUCCAAUCAAUCUUCUUCUCUUUCCAGUUCCUGUCCCAUCUCGCCGCUGCUGCCGUCAUCGCCCACGAGAAGCGAUUUCGCGCAAUCUCCCAUCCACUAACACUCCGCCUCUUCUGGAUCUUCUCCUUCCUACUGUCAAUCCUCCUAACCGUCUCCGCAGUACUCCGCCUCUUCUCUUCAUCCGCCAACUUUCCAGAUGGCAUCGCCUCCCUCGUCUUCCUUCUCUUCUCCGCCGCCCUUCUUGUCUUCGCUCUCUCCCCUUCCACCGGUUUCCAUUCCCAGCUCUCUUCUUCAUCCCCGUCAAGUACAGGAGACAGCAACUUAUCGGAGGACUCCGAGUCGAAACCGAACGUGACCGCGUACACCACCGCCUCCCUUCUCUCCCGCCUGACGUGGAGCUGGAUGAACCCCCUUCUUGCCAAAGGCUACAAAUCCCCCCUCAAGCUGCAGGACGUGCCUUCCCUCGCUCCUGAGCACCAGGCUCAGCGGCUCUAUAAUCUCUUCAACUCUCAUUGGCCUCGCCCCGCCAUCAAAUCCCAUCACCCCGUCCGCACCACACUGCUUCGAUGCUUCUGGCCGCAGCUGCUACUCACCGCCUCGCUCGCCGUCCUCCGUCUCUGCGUCAUGUACGUCGGUCCCACUCUCAUCAACCGCUUCAUUGACUUCGCCUCCGGCCGCCGUUCAUCCAUCUACGAGGGCUAUUACCUCUGCCUCACCCUGCUUGCCGCCAAGUUCGUCGAAGUCCUCUGCUCUCACCAUUACAACUUCCACUCGCAGAAGACCGGUAUGCUCAUCCGCUCCACUCUAAUCACCACCCUCUACCGCAAAGGCCUCCGCCUAUCCUGCUCCGCCCGCCAAUCCCACGGACUCGGCAUGAUCGUCAAUUACAUGGCCGUCGACGCCCAGCAGCUCUCCGACAUGAUGCUUCAGAUCCAUUACAUCUGGCUCAUGCCUCUACAAGUAGGCGUGGCCCUUGCCCUUCUUUACGUCUACCUCGGCCCCUCCGUCACCUCCGCGGUCGUCGGCAUCAUCGCCGUGAUGGUCUUCGUAGUCUUUGGCACCAGGCGUAACAACCUCUUCCAGUUCUCCCUGAUGGGUAUGCGUGACAAGCGCAUGAAAGCCACAAAUGAGAUGCUGAAUUACAUGCGCGUCAUCAAGUUCCAGGCCUGGGAGGAGCAUUUUAACAAACGAAUACAGGGCUUCCGAUCCGAGGAGUUCGGCUGGCUCUCCCGCUUCAUGUACUCCAUCUCCGGCAACAUCAUCGUGCUCUGGAGCGCACCGUUGGUCAUCUCCUCCCUCGUAUUUGGUACUUGUAUUGCCGCCGGCGUUCGUCUCGACGCCGGAAUCGUUUUCACCGCCACCUCUUUUUUCAAGAUCCUGCAGGAGCCUAUGCGCAACUUCCCCCAGGCUCUCAUCUCGGCCUCACAGGCUAUGAUCUCGCUUGAAAGGCUCGACGCCUACAUGACUAGCGGCGAGCUCGACGAGGGCGCCGUCGAGCAGGUGUUGAGCGGCUACGCAGUCGACGCUCCCGCAGUGGAGGUUUGCGAGGGGACCUUCGGAUGGGAGGAUGACGUCAGCGCCGACACAGCGUGGCUUAAACGCGUGAACGUCCGGAUCCCACGCGGCGCUGUCGCCGCCGUCGUCGGCACAGUCGGAUCCGGCAAGUCAUCAUUUCUAUCGUGCCUAGUCGGCGAGAUGCAUCGUAUUUCCGGAAAGGUUAGGGUCUGUGGAAGCAUGGCUUAUGUGGCACAGACAGCAUGGAUACAAAAUGGAACUAUUCAGGACAAUAUUUUGUUUGGUCUGCCUCUAAACCAGCAAAAGUAUAAGGAAGUGAUCCGUGUAUGUUGUUUGACGAAGGAUUUGGAAAUGAUGGAGUUUGGAGACCAGACUGAGAUAGGAGAGAGAGGAAUCAAUCUCAGUGGCGGUCAGAAGCAGCGCAUACAGCUAGCCAGGGCUGUUUAUCAGGAUUCAGAUGUAUACCUCCUCGAUGAUGUCUUCAGUGCCGUUGACGCUCACACUGGCUCAGAGAUCUUCAAGGAAUGCAUAAGGGGUGCUCUCAAGGACAAGACAGUUAUACUUGUUACCCACCAAGUUGAUUUUCUUCACAAUGCUGAUCUUAUUUUGGUUAUGCGAGAUGGGAUGAUUGUUCAAUCUGGAAAGUACAACGAAAUACUAAAUGCUGGUGCAGAUUUUGCAGCGCUUGUUGCCGCACAUGAUAGUUCUAUGGAGCUAGUAGAGCAUGGCCCUCCCGAGCAAGUGAGAAUGGAUUCUCCAUCCAAACAAGGUGACCAAACCAUCACGAAUGAUGAGAAGUCAAAGGACGAGUCUUCUGUAAUCUCGCCUAAGACUGAGAAGAGUUCAGCUAAGCUUAUCAAAGACGAGGAAAGGGAGACUGGAAAAGUCAGUUUGAACGUGUACAAAACCUACAUUACCGAGGCUUGGGGAUGGUGGGGGGUCAUUGCUGUUUUGAUUGUUUCACUGCUGUGGCAAGGGUCUUUGAUGGCCAGUGAUUAUUGGUUGGCAUUAUCAACUUCUGCAAAUAAUGCUUCUUCAUUCAAUCCCUCACAAUUUAUUGAAGUUUAUGUGAUUAUAGCUGUAAUUUCUGUAAUCCUAGUCGCUGGGAGGUCCUUUCUUGUCACUUAUUGGGGGCUGAAAACUGCCCAAAUCUUUUUCAAGCAGAUCCUGAACAGUAUCUUGCAUGCACCUAUGUCGUUCUUUGAUACCACUCCUUCAGGAAGAAUUCUUAGUCGGGCAUCUUCAGAUCAAACAAAUGUUGAUCUGUUCCUCCCUUUCUUUGUGGGAUUGACCGUUUCAAUGUACAUUACUGUACUAAGCAUUCUGAUAGUCACCAUACAGGUUGCUUGGCCAACACUUUUUUUCAUAAUUCCACUUGCAUGGCUCAACGUCUGGUAUAGGGGUUACUAUCUUACAACAUCUCGAGAGUUGACUCGUCUUGAUUCAAUAACAAAAGCGCCCGUCAUCCAUCACUUUUCAGAAACCAUUCAGGGCGUCAUGACAAUCCGCUGUUUUAAAAAGGAAGAAAGAUUUUCUCAAGAAAACAUCAACCGAGUAAAUGCGAGCUUGACUAUGGAUUUUCAUAACAACGGUUCCAAUGAAUGGAUGGGAUUUCGGUUGGAGUUAAUUGGAACUGUCAUUUUAUGCAUAUCUGCUCUGUCAAUGGUUAUGCUUCCCAGCAAUUUUAUCAAGCCAGAGUAUGUUGGUUUAUCCCUUUCCUACGGUCUCUCUCUCAAUUCUGUGCUUUUUUGGGCAAUUUGGAUAAGCUGUUUCUUAGAAAAUAGAAUGGUUUCAGUAGAGAGAUUAAAGCAAUUUAGUAGCAUUCCUCCGGAAGCACCGUGGAGGAUAAAAGACCGUCUGCCUUCACCAAACUGGCCCACUCAUGGAGAUAUUAUUCUCAGAGAUCUGAAGGUUAGAUAUCGGCCAAACACUCCUCUUGUUUUGCAUGGCAUCACGCUUGACAUUCAUGGAGGGGAGAAAAUAGGAGUUGUUGGCCGAACAGGGAGCGGCAAAUCAACUUUGAUUCAAGCUCUUUUCCGAAUUGUAGAACCAUCUGGAGGGAAGAUUAUCAUUGAUGGAAUAGAUAUUUGCAUUUUGGGUCUUCAUGAUCUAAGGUCCCGCUUUGGUAUAAUUCCUCAAGAGCCUGUUCUAUUCGAAGGAACAGUGAGGAGCAAUGUUGACCCAGUUGGACAAUAUACAGAUGAUGAAAUAUGGCAGAGCCUGGAACGGUGCCAGCUGAAACAAGCAGUGGCGGCAAAACCUGAAAAGCUUGAUGCUUUAGUGGUCGAUAAUGGUGAGAAUUGGAGUGUGGGUCAGAGGCAACUUUUUUGCUUGGGCCGAGUUCUGUUGAAGAAAAGCAGAAUCCUGUUCAUGGAUGAGGCAACUGCUUCGGUUGAUUCUCAGACCGAUGGGUUUAUCCAGAAAAUCAUUCGAGAAGACUUCUCAAAUUGUACAAUUAUAAGCAUCGCUCAUAGAAUUCCUACCGUCAUGGAUUGUGACAGAGUUCUGGUUGUAGAUUCAGGAUUGGCAAAGGAAUUUGACUCACCGACAAAUUUAAUUGAGCGGCCCUCUCUGUUCGGAGCAUUGGUCCAGGAGUACGCCAACCGCUCCUCUGAUCUGUAAUGCUGAGAAGAAUGUAAGUUAUUGCAGAGUUUAUUAAGCAGCAGAUUUGUAUAUCAUCAUUUGUUUUGGAAUUGGAAGUGAAAUAAUCUGCUGGAAGACGCUGAAAGAGAGCUGCUAUCUUUGUUUCAUUUCACAAAGUAAAAGAGUUUUUGAUUAGUUCUAAAUAAUGAUAGGCCAGUUGAGAA